AUGUCGACAGCCACAAGAACCGUGCAAGAUGUUCCUCGUAGGACGCUGCCGACUUACCAGCAAGCUGCAGAGUCUAAGCAUGAGCUUCCAUGGGCAGACCUUGUGACAUUGGACCUUUCCAGGUUCGAUCAGCCUGGUGGCAAGCAGGCAUUGGCAAGCCAGCUGCGUGAUGCUGUUCACAACGUCGGGUUCUUUUACAUCACUGGCUUUGGACUGUCGCAAGAAGAAGUGGACCGUCAAUUCGCCAUUGGAAAAGAGAUCUUCAACCUACCUGAAGAGGAAAAGCUCAAGUACCGCGCUGACCUUGAUCAUGGACAUUAUUCCGGAUAUCGCCCACUGGGAUCAACCGAGCUACUUCCUGGUCUGCGUGACAAUAUCGAGAUGUACAAUGUUUUCAAGUUCCUUCCGGAGCUGGAAAGGAGUCAGCCAGAUGUAGUUCACGAGCAACGCGCUGAGAUCGAGAGGUUCCAGCGCCAUAUCGCAGAGGAUGUCGUGCAGAAACUGCUCAUCUUGAUCUCCAUUGUUCUCGAACUUCCAGAGGACUAUCUCUCCAAAGGUCACCGAUACGAUGAUUUGAGCGACUGCCACUUGCGGUACAUGAUUUACCGAGCCAGAACGCCGGAAGAGAAUGAGAGGUACCAGAACUUGUAUUCUCGUGGACACACGGACUUUGGGAGCCUCACAUUGCUCUUCAGACAGCCGAUUGCCGCUCUKCAGAUUCGAAUGCCGGAUGGCUCGUGGCGAUGGGUCAAACCACAUCCAGGCUCCAUUACGGUCAACAUCGCCGAUGUUUUGCAAUUCUGGACUGGUGGAUACCUGAAGUCGAGUGUCCACCGUGUGGUGGCUCCUCCAGAUGAUCAGGCUCACUUGGACCGUCUUGGUCUUCUCUACUUUCUCCGCCCGGCCCACGACCUGGACUUGAAAAUCGUAGACAGUCCAUUGCUCGAACGCCUGGGCAUCAAACAAGCGGGCGACGAUGGCGCCGGUAUCAAGGCUGGAGAGUGGGUGAGGACUCGUGUCAAGCAGAACCAGGACAAGGCGACGGAGGGCGGUCACAAAGAGAAAGAGGUCCUAGGUGGUGUCAAGGUCAAAUACUAUGAUUAG